AUGAAAUCACAUGAAACCCUGGGUAUUGAACUGACUGUGCCAAGAAUAACAAGCAGGCAUAUGAACAGACCGAACAUAGUUACGUCUGACAACGAAAAUCAUUACAGACUGAACCUUUAUGUCCCUUUGCUAGGAAAACGAUUUUUUGAAAGUAUGUGGAUAAAAGACAUAAAGAACUGAAAGAACAAGCCAUCAAAGAAAAAAUCAACUCAUUUGUUCAAACGGUUUUUGAGUUGUAGAUGUAAUUUGACAAAUAUUUUGGCAAAACCACGCCUCCCGCUGACCACGCCCUCGGCGGAAGAUUAUUGGCCCUAUUUAAGACAGGUGCGUCGUUCGCCAUGCUGACUAGUUACCGUG